AUGAGUUGAGACUGAGACCAGGACCAGAGUUGUCUAACAGAGGAUUGGAAAGGUUGAACAGAAUUGCUAUUGAACGAGCUGGAGUAAAGAUUGAAAUUAUUGAAAUUGCUGACCAGGCGGUAGUUAAACAGGCUGGGUUAAUGAUUGAGGUUGUUGAACAGGCUGGUGUGAAGAUUGAAAUUGUUAAACAGUAUAGAUUGAUUGAGGUUGUUAGACAGGACGG